CGAAGGGCAAAAUUUUCUCACGUGAUGCUGCACGUGAUGACUUUGACAACAACGUCUGUUCUUGAGAAGGCCGUGCCACCUCAAUUUGGAUAAGAAGACCGAUGCAACAAUAGGUGAAAAUCAUUUCAUAGCAAACAUAUGAUCUUUUCAAGUAUAUAACGACAAAUUUGAGCCUGCAAACUGUUCUGGUGCAGUCUGGUAUUCAUAAGAGCUUGCUCUUGUCUUGCCUCAUGCUCUGUAUGUACAUUGAUCUACUGAGGUAAAAAUGCCAACGUUAUGGCCAAUCUGGGACCGAUGAAUGGUGCAAGAAAGUCACCUACGUAAAUUGAAUCUUGACGUUCAUAUUGCUCACAUGCCAGGAGUCAUGAACUCACAAUCACAGAUCUCUUCUCGGCUAAGGCCCCACUUCAAAGUUUACGACUAGCAUCACAUUUCCAAAGAAGGGUUCCUCAGCAGCAUGCAGAAGGAGGAGGCUCUGGCUCCGGCCAAUCUGCUAGAGAAGCAAGAUCAAGUACUGAAAUGGCUUGAAGAGCAGCCAAACCAGGACCAAGCUGAGUACGCCUCGUGUGCUUUAGACGUCCUUCUCAAGGAGGCAGGCCAGACGAAAUCUGCUUCCGGCAAUGCGUGUUUGAGGUUGUGUAGCUUUGUUGAGCAAUGCUCCAAAUUGCACGCACCGUCCUUGCAGCAAUGGGCCUUCUCCGGCGAGGUGAGCAAGAAGGCCUUUACAUUCUACAUUGAGUGGAACGAAACAGACCAGCAUAGGUCCAUGAAGCUGGUUCUGGACCUCCUCGCCCAACUUGACAAGAGAAACCCAGAUGCUCAAGCGGCCAGAGCGACUAGAGAUGAUCUGUUGACCAGUCUCAUCUCCAUUUUGACAGGGAAAUCCACAAAGCCUGUCGUCAAAUCCGCCAUCAAGACAAUCGAUCACUUCCUUGCAAAGAACGUUUUCGGCUUGGAGGACCUCCGCGACACCUAUGUCAGGUGUCGUUCUCUGCCUGGCUCUGUCGACGAGACGGAGACGUGGCGUCGGCUCUUUGCAGACAUCAUCUACUGGGCUCGCAUGCGUACGACUUCUCCUGUCACCGGAAAACUCAUCGUCAACCUGUAUCGUGCCUUGCGAACUCGAGAGGGCCAAUGGGUCAUCGAGCCUAGUCGCUUCCAUCAGUGGUUGCUAGACUUCAUCCAGGAUGGUCUCAGUGCGCUCGAGGAUGUCAAAAACUACAUCUUCCUGCCCAUGUUCAAAGUUGACCGCGCAGAAUCACUGAGGUACCUAAAGGCUGUCAGCGACGUCGACAACACAGCAUGGGACCUGAAUCAGCAAGUGAGCAUGCCGACUCUCUUGCAGCUUGCUGCUUUGGAGACCGGCAAACGCGUUGGGUUUGUUGAAGAGCCAGCUGCAAGCUCAGAACGCGAUAUCGCCGAUGAUAAAGCUCCUGUGAUUCUCCAUGAAGAAAUCUUGAGCAACGUGUUGUGUCAUCCAGCACAGGAGGUUCGCUCUUUGGCGUAUUCUUUGUUGACAGUUUCACCGUCCACGACCAGACCCUACUCUACGAUUGCCCUCGAGCUGUUGCGAAAGCAUCUCGGCACAUACUUUGCUGACUCUGAUCCCAAGUUCCGAGUCGAUGUUAUGGCUCGCGCCAGAGACAUGUACCGGAGGAUCAGGGGCGCCAUCGCUACACUCAAGCGCAGCAUACCGCGGGCUCGAGCCAAGGCGAAGAAACUACAGGAGGCCGCCAACGAUACCUCUGACAGUAAUGAACGGAACACACUCUUUCAGACCAUCAUGUACCACACGAACCUCAUAUACUUGCCCGAAAGCCAACUGGUGCAGUGUCUGGAAGAGCAUGUGCAGUUCCUGCGGUGGUACAAUGACUUUCUCCGCGCAGAGCUCGCGCCAACUGCUUCAUACCAAAGGCACUAUGGGUCACUGAAGGCUCUGUCGUUUGUUCUGCGAAUGGAGGCCGACCCCAACAAGGGAUGGGAGACGGAAGAAGAUCAGGAGAUGGUAUAUGAUUUGUUUGACUCGUCGUGGGCUCGCGCGCUUUUUGAUCUGGUCAUGGAUCCUUUUGACGAUGUACGCGAGUACGCAGCAGCAGCCAUCAAGUCACUUCACGGCAACGACAAGUAUCGCAAGUUCCGACUCACGGCAUCCCAGUCCCGAACGGACGAUUUGCGCGUGCAGCUGAAACGCUCACUCGAAGUGGCGCAUCGCACGUCCAGGGCUGAUCAUUCGGACGGUGCAGCCAGGGCCAGUCAACUUCUGUACAAGUUCUCCAGCGGCGGCGAUGAACGAGUGGCUGUGCUUUCACGCCUCCUCGCGGAGCUGGAGGACCGUCUCUUGGCUGCUGAAACUGACCUCGGACAGGCUGUCCUAGGUGCGCCGGCCCACGGUCACUUUGCUUCACUAUGUUGUGUUUGGCAAAUAGUCAGCCAGACAACUUUCGACCCAAAGGAGCUCGAAGCUGUCAAAUCCCUCCAGAGCCAGGCAGUCCAAUGCUGUUCACGGAUAUGGCAAGCUGUCCGUAGCAUUCUCUGCGAUGACUCGCCCGAAGGCUACUUGCCCGAGGAAAUGGAGGCUUUAGAAGGCCUGGACACCAAGGACGUACUCAGCUAUAGUUUUCGUGCAGUUCACGAGGCCAGCAAUCUCUUGAAAACGAUCAUUCUAACAACCAAGAAUCAUGCCAACAGCCAGCUCAUCAGUCCAUCGGUUGAGAUCUUUGAACAGAUUGGAGACCUUACUUUUGAGCAGCUGGCAACACUGAGACACCGCGGCGCAUUCUCCACGGUAGCCAACACGUUCACUUCCUGCUGUCAGCAAAUCAAGUUUGUCGAAGCCAUGUCGAAAUCCAAAGGGGAGCAGCUCUUGUGUCAAUGGUACAAGGGCACAUUAGAAUCGAUUUAUGGCCAAGUCUCAACGACUCGCAGAUCAGCCGGUAUCCCCUCGCUCAUCACGGGCAUUCUCUCCGCCAACGCCGCCAACCCAUCGUUCGAACAAGUCAUAGAAAAGCUCUUCGAUAUUGCUAGCGUGGAGGCUAGAGUACGCGAGACGGAUGCGUCCAAUUUGCCGCAAGUGCACGCCUACAACUCCAUCAAGGACAUUUUCCGAAACUCUCUCCUGACUGCGCUCGGCAACAAGUCGGAGAAAUAUCUUACCCCGGCGCUUCAGCUAGCAGCCAACGGUCUCCGCUCCGAAGUAUGGGCCAUUCGUAACUGCGGUUUGAUCCUGCUGAGGAGUCUGCUCAAUAUGCUCUUCGGUCACCACGAGAGCAAGACUAUGAUUGAGGCUGGAUGGGACGGCAAAGCGAACCGGAUCCCCUACCACAAGUACCCGGCCUUGGUGGAUGUUCUGGUCGACCUUCUUGAGUCGGGUGAGAAAAACACAGAGGCACCCGCCACGUUGGAUACAUCAGGGGCCGAGGCUGUCUUCCCGGCUCUUGACAUUAUUCGACGAGCUGGACCGCCAGAGGCCCUCCGAGAGAAGCUACAAGACCUUGUCGCCAAGUAUCUCGCCGAUCCGGUGUGGCACGUGCGAGAGAUGGCCGCUCGAACGCUAUGCUCGUGUCACUUGCACGAUGGGUGGCUUCGUGCUUUGAGGGCGUUACUGAAGGUUGCCCUCGCCGACCGGAGCUCACACGCCCAGAACCACGUUCACGGCGUGCUCCUAACCUUGAAGUUUGUGUUCGAGAGACUCAGUAAGGUUGCGCCGGAGCAUAUCAAUGCCCACCUACCUGAGCUCGUCGGCCUGUUGGAGCAUGAGAGACUGGAAGAUCGUUUCCAAUUCUCACCCGAAGUGAUAGCAGCGUACUUGGAGCUGUUCAACCAAAUGCAGUCUUUUAGUCUGAGCAGGUCGAUACCGCUUGGCUUCCGUCCCUCGCUAAGGAAAGACCUCAAAGGCAGCGCGCUUCUCAAGAUCCAGAAAUCCGUAUUCGAUACGUAUGCCGCAUACCAGAGCGAAGACCCAGUACAACAGCUUCGAAAGGUAUUGCUCGUCGAGUCGCCAGGUUCAGACGGCGUGAUUGCCUCCAUUGAGCUGAUCCCCAAGCUAUGGAAGACUUCAUCGCUGGCUGACGACACAUACUCGGCUCUUUGCGUGCUAUGUAUCGAUCUUUGUCUUAGUACGACAGUCAGCGAGCAGCAAGCUGCUGUGUUGGACAAUCUUGCAGAUGCGCUAAGCGAGAGGCCGAUAUAUGAGAGCAACGUCAGUGAACGACUCGUGGAGAUGUGGACAGCCUUGCCUAAUGCGCCGACAAGCCCGUUAUUGUCAAACGCUGUUUUGCGCGCCAGUGGCUGCAUCAUCCCCAUACUGUCACGCAACGGUGUUGUCCAGGCCGAGGGUCUUCGUCAAUGGGGGAGGAUGAUCGCUGAUGCUGGUCUCGAGGACAAGAGUUUCGACGUUCGAUACGCUGCGACGGAGGGGCUAUUCUUCUUCUUGAAGUCUGCGGCUGCCCAUUGCACGUCUGAGGAGCAUCUACCAGUUUUGCUUGCUGUCUACGACGCGCUUAAUGACGACGACGAUGAGAUACGUGAGCUUGCAGCCGCCGCCGCGCAAUUCGUAUAUGGACAGGCCCUUGUGCCCCUCGAGGCCGCCACGCGCCUCCUAGACUGGCUUGCGCAGACGUUCAAGAACACUGCCAGGUUCAAGGAGAUUGUUGCGACAAGGUUGACUGGAUCCAAGGGGGACAGCACCGCGUGGCGGCCAGCUGAGGAUAUGAUCAACCACACCCUCAAGCUCGAUGACGCUCUCUUUGCCAUUGAGGAGCAGAAUCUGUUCUUCGAUGAGGUCAGAGAGGUGAAGAGAUGGAGCAGUACCUUCACCACCCUGAGCUGGGCUGGUACGGAGACUUCGCUCGCACAGCUCGACCGUUGGCUAAUAGGCGGUAUGCGCCGCCUGCAUCUGCUUCUCGAACAGGGCGAUGUGCCAUUGGGAUGGGGCUCAGCGCCUCAUGUUUUUGCCAUCUGCUCGACCAUUCUAGUCGGAUCCUCUACACUUGUAGCGUCCGGCAAGGCGAGCGCAGAGCUGCAGGAUGCAUUUCGUCAGUCCGCAAUUAUUAGCACUGACGAUCAGAAGAAUGGGAUCAAUGUGCUACUGAAGGUUUUCGUUCAAUAG